AUGCACAUCCAAUCGAUCCCCAUGUGGACCGGCAGCGGCAACAACUACGCCUACCUCAUCAGCGACAGCAGCACCAAAGACGCCGUGCUGAUCGACCCGGCACACCCCCCCGAAGUCCUCCCCGCCGUGCGGCCGCAAACCCAAGACAACAGCAUCAAGCUGACCUCGAUCAUCAACACGCACCACCACCACGACCACGCUGGCGGCAACGCCGAGAUGCUCAAGACGUACAAAGUCCCCGUAAUCGGCGGCCGCGACUGCGCGAGAGUGACCAAGACGCCCCGGCACGGCGAGACGUUUACGGUCGGCAAGGACAUCCGCGUCACGGCGCUGCACACGCCGUGCCACACGCAGGACAGCAUCUGCUACUUCAUGGAGGACGAUGCGAGCGACGAGCGGGUCGUGUUUACGGGGGACACACUGUUUAUUGGCGGCUGUGGGCGGUUCUUUGAGGGCACGGCCGAGGAGAUGCAUAAGGCGCUCAAUGAGACGUUGGCGGGGUUGCCGGAUGACACAAGGGUUUAUCCGGGGCAUGAGUAUACGAAGGGGAACGUUAAAUUUGGGGUUACAGUGCUGCAGAAUGAGGCGAUCAAGAAGCUGGAGGAGUUUGCGAAUAAUAAUAAGCAGACACAGGGGAAGUUUACUAUUGGGGAUGAAAAGCAACACAACGUCUUCAUGAGGGUCGAUGACCCCGCCGUUCAGAAGGCCGUUGGCAGCAGCAAGCCCGUGGAGGUGAUGGCGAAACUACGGGAGAUGAAGAACAACUCGUAA